UAUACUGAAUGUCUUUUUUAAAAAUUUUAAGAAAAUGUUACUGCUUUUAUAUAGGAAUAACGUGAAUUCUACAGCGAACCGUACGCGCAUAAUUUUCGCGCAUGUAACAUUUUUUAAUGUUACCCGUUGCCAAGUGCGUUGCUAACGCUGAGGGUUAUAGUAAAUAUUAUUAACUGCGUCUUAACCAAUCAGAUUUCAGUAUUUAACAUGAAAGUAUAACAAUCUAAUAUAUCAUAUUAAACAAAUACAUCACUGCCCGAUUCUUGAGCAAAGAAGUCCAGGGACCUUUGGAUCAAUAUUUUUCAAGAAGAAUAUGAAGGCGUUUACAUUCCUGAUGCUAAGUUUUCGUCUCAUAAUAACGGUCGUAAACUCUACGGAUUUAAAAGUUGUAGAUGGAGAAUGUGUAUAUUCAAAGAUUGACCAAAUUACCAGCGCAAAGAUUAAUCAAACAACACAGAUUUGUUGCCGAAGAUCCGGUGUCCAUGCAAGAUAUCAAGAGGAAAUGGAAAUUGAUUGUUGUGGUGAAGGAAUUUACAAACCUCAAAUAGAGUUGUGUUGUAAUCAGCAAGUGUAUGUAAAGGACCUGCAAAUAAACUGUGAUUGUAAGUGCGGAAAAUCAACUUUUGAGAAGGACGAGAAUAGAAUAAAAUCUGGUGCAGCUAAAGGUUACUCACCACUGACUCAUCAAAACCGUUGGAAAGAGUUGAACAGUUUAGAGAAAAGGUGCAGAAAGAAAUAUCCACGCAACUCUAAAAUUUUGUUUUGCAUCUGGAAACUACGGACAACGAAAUCUAAGAACAACAAACAUAUUUUAAUAUCCAUACUCAGUGGCAGCUCCUUUUUUAUAAGAGUUUGAUUUGGAGCUAAUAAAAAUAUUAA